AUGUAUCUUAGAAUUAACAAUUAUCUUGAGAAAUGCGAUGAAAGAAAUUAUGAUGAAAAAGAAACUAUUGCUAUUGAAUUAGCUGCGGUUCUUUAUAAAGAAGUGCCUUCAUUCAUUAAAGCACAGCAUAAUUCAUCUGACAAAUUUGCGUG